AUGACUUUUCUUCAGGAUAGCUACAAGAAGUUGCUGAACAAGGGCAAUGCACCAUUGGCCGCCAAUGUGUCGCUAAUCUAUGUCCCCACCACCACUCGCAUCGAUGGCGCCGACGCGGUCGCUAGCCAUGUGAGGCGUCAAGCGUCAAUCGUGGAGAAGCAGUCUGAGGAGAUCAUCAAUGUCAUCGAGAGCUCCAACGCGUUAUGCCUCGAUAUCGAGGUCACCCUAAAGUUCAACGGUGGCGGUGCCUAUCUUCCCGCGAUGGACGAUAAUUUCCUGGCUGACAGCGUCGCGAACAUCUCCACGCUCCACAUCGUCCAAUUCAACGCCCAGAACGAAAUUCAGCAGGUUCGAAUUUACUGGGAUCAAGCUGCGCUCCUCAAGGCGGUUCAGGUGAUUGGUAAGAGCGCCCGUACUUGGCCCAUUCGCGAUGGCAAGGAACAGAUUCGACUCCUCAGGAACGCUGCGACACAGAAUUCCGAGGCCCCUGCCCAGGCGCCGUCGCAGGGCAAUGACCUUCCUUCGCGCCCUGCCUCGCCCGGCAAGCGAUACAUCAAGGAUCCGUACGCCGCAGACUCCCUCUUCGAUCUCCUGUCCUCCAACCACACCGAGGCUCCUCAUGAAAGCGAAGAGGAACCCCGGAAGGCCGGCCAUAAUGGCAAGCGAUACAUCAAGGACCCGUACGCCGCCGAGUCUUUAACAGAGCUUAUUUCGCCCACUAAGCCGAAGGUUUCUGCCGUGGUGCGCCCCUAUGGCGGUGCUCGGCCUAACACGCGCUCUUACGGUGAUUUGUUCGUGACAGACGACGAUGAUGAGAUCCCUGGCACACCAUCAAAGGCCGAGCGCGUGACUGCUCCUAGGGCUGGUUCUAGAUUCCAGGGAAGCCGUAUCUUUGAAGACGAUAGCAAGGUUGAGGAGCGUGCGUUCUACAAGAGCGACCCCAAGAAAUACGACCACUUCCAGAUUGGCGCCGACGAUGCGACCCAAGGCAAGUCCGAAGAUCGUGCGUACUACAAAAGUGACCCCAAGAAAUAUGACCACUUCGAGAUUGGCGCCAACAAUGCCGAUCUGGAGGUGAAGCAGGAGCCCCAACGUGCUCAAUCGCGCCAGCAGGCUCAUUGGGACUUUGACGACGUCGCUACCCCCAAGCCCAAAUCUACCGACGAGGCACGUUCCUUUGGCUAUAGCGGCGGCGAGGCUGACUCCCCACCGGCCAGACCGGCCGUGCACAAGCCACGCCGAGACGCAGACAAGCACUUCGACAUGACCGACGACGAAACUGGUGGUGACGCUGACCGCAUCAUCAGCUCCUAUGGAAACCGCGGCAAGGGUCUGUACAAGAACCGUCUAUUCGACGAAGAGAACGGCGCGUCGACCCCUGGCCAGUCUAAAUCGCAGAAUGAGCCUUUAGGCGUGACCGGCAAUAACGCCAGCCGAAAGAACAACCUCGACGCUCACUGGAAACUAUCCGGCUCACCCACACCCACUAAAACAGAAAGCGAGAAGGUCAAGACCAUCUCCUCUGACCGUGCCGCGUCAAUCAAACAGAUGGAAUCAUCCUGGGACCAGGAAUUCGAAAACUCUCCCGAAGCCAUCCGCCCAGCCACACACCUUCACAAUCCCAAGGGACACAAUCAGCCCAGCUGGACCUACGGCGAUGAGUGA